AUGGGUAUUCCAACAGACUUCAUGGCCCCAGCUGCCACAAAUGAUUCCACUUCUCCUCUUUCCAAGCGUCGUCGCUUCACGCCCAUGACUCUUCCUCCUAUCAUCCCUGUCUCAGACAACUCCGAUAUUGAGCGCCAUACCUUCGACUCGCCAUUGCUGUUGCAACUCUGUGAGCAAGCUCCCGAUCAGGACGAGAUCGACGCUGGCCUCCUUCAAGUCGGCAUGCGUGUCCGCAAGUCGGUCGCCGAAGGGUACAAGACACAGAAGAAAUUCACCCCUCGUCCCUUCUUCAACGUCAACCGAUUGUCACCAGAGACUCAAGCCGCGCUUGUUCAAAGCAAUACUGGUACCACCAACGAAUUGCUGCCAUAUGCCGUCUCCCAAACUCAACCACUGAGCACUGCGACCUAUUGUGGUAUUAGCUUAGCCUUCAUGUCUCAUUAUAGUGACGACAACUCGAGCGCCGAUAUUUCUGGCCAGAGCUUGUGGUCAUACUCCACCAGCCACAAGCGUGGAUAUGAGGUUGAUUCAGACAGUGAUGAGAGCCAAGACUGGCAACCUCAAACACCAACCUUGGUUGGGGAUGCGGCAAUGGACAUGCCUGUGGAUUAUUUCAACAUUGGAACCGAUUCCAUGAGCGAUGUCAGCCCAUUCACCCAGGUUGGUGACCGUGCUCGACCAGGAUUCCAUGGUCGUCGAACAAUCAUGCCCAAAUCACGAACUCGACCAGUUCACCAGUUUGAACAACAAACACCUGCUUUUAAUCCCUUCGCCAAUUUCGCCGCUCCCCAACAGCCACUUCAACCUCAAUUUGAUCAUGCCUUUGGACACAAGAGAAUGACCAGCUGCGGUAUGGAAGCCAUGGAUUUUGGAGAUGCACCUUUCUUGUCCCGACGUGAGGAUGUCGAGAUGGAUUGCUCCUGA